AUGACAGAUAGAUCACCCUCAGUCUCGAGAAAGACUCUCAGACACCAGUUCUUGAGGUUGUGGAGUGUCGAAGGGAAUCUUCUCGCAACAGCAGACGGGAGCUCGAGGACUGCCUAUCGAACGGCGGUCAAGUUAUACAACGACGAGCCUACUGAUGAUUCGGUGUCUAUAGGAGAAGGCAUCGAGCAAGAGCCCGUUCAGGUACCUGGCUUCCCAGAUCAGACACCGCACUCCCACGGAAGUGCAUCGACCUUUCAGCUAGGAGACGAUAGCUCCACUGAGCUGUUCAUCACCUUUCGGAAUUUCUUUAUGAGGUCUUACAACAGCUCCUGCGGAGCUUUCUUGGACUUGACGAACCCUGUGACUGUAGGUGAGAAGCCUACGAGCCUACAAUUGCGAAGCAUUGUACGUUUGCAGGCGGUAACGCACAUGCAAUCAGACUCUCAAGAAAUGAAGCAUAGAGAAAACCACAUGGAAAACGUCAUACCAUACUGGACACUUCAGACUAAAGCAGAUGGGGAAUCACAAAGGCUGGCUGACGCCCUCAUCUUGUGGGGUCAAGACUCCCAGUGGGACAUUUCAGGAGUAGCUGAUGACCGAUCUCUUAUGUACAUCUCGGGGAACACCAAGACCUUUCUGCCCUUGCUGAAGCUCCUUACGCAUGAUUACUCGGCCUAG